AUGAUCAUCGACUCCAUUGCCAAUGGUGGUACUUGUUUCUUCAGUUACAAUAAUACAAGAAAAGCGAAUAAAGGAAGUAAUCAAAGUUCCGACGCGUUUCUUAAUUCGUUGCAACUGUUACAAAAAUAUAAUUAUCCUACAGAGGAGCAUGUCAUAGUCACCAAAGAUGGAUAUAAAUUAAGAAGUUUCCGUAUACCAAGGAAUGGACCACCGGUGUUGCUGGUUCAUGGAAUUGGUGACAGUUCGGAUUGUUGGUUGGUGCUUGGACCAAAACACUCUCUAGCAUUUUUAUUAGCAGAUGCCGGAUUUGAUGUUUGGUUAUUUAAUGCAAGGGGUAAUAGAUACAGUAAAGAAAACCCCAGAAGAAUUAAUCAAAAGCAGUACUGGGACUUUAGUUACGAGGAAAUAGGAAUACUAGAUCUACCUGCUACAAUAGAUCACAUACUUAAUAUUACUCGUCGCUCAAAACUGACGUAUAUUGGAUUUUCUCAAGGAACGACCGUAUUUUUUGUAAUGUGCAGUAUGUUAGCCGAAUAUAAUUCAUUGAUUGAUCAUGCUAUAUUAUUGGCACCUGUGGCUUGGAUAAAAUAUACAAAGUUUCCUUUAAUUGAUUUUUUCUCACGGAACUUAAAAAAUUUGACAUUGUAUGCUAAAAAUAAUAAGGUGUACGAAGUUUUUCCUUUUAAUCAUCAAUUGAAUAAAUUCCACGCUACCGUGUGUCAAGUUAAUUCGCCCUUUAGAUUGUUAUGUGAAUUAGAAUAUUAUAUAGACUUUGGGUUAAAAAAAAUAACAAAUUUACUGGCAGAUCGUUUGCCCGUUAUAGCCAGUCAUAUACCGGCGGGUUCGUCGGCAAAGACAUUUUUUCAUUUCAUUCAGGGACAUGCAAAUAAAAGGUUUCAAAGAUAUGAUUAUGGAAUUGAAAAGAAUAAGAAAAGAUACACAUCAUUAUCGCCACCUGAAUACAGUGUUUCGUUGAUAAGUGUACCGAUGACUCUGGUUGUUAGUGAAGUUGACUGGUUUAGUGACAUAGAUGAUGUAGGCAUAUUGAUAAGAAAACUAAAGACCGUAGACAAAUUCAUUAAUAUAAAUGAAUCCGUUCAAUUCACACACCUUGAAUUUGUUUAUGGUUCUCGUGUGAACACUGUCAUUAACAAACCUGUGAUAAAUAUUUUAGAAAACUUAAGAAAUAAAUAACAUUGCAUUUGGUAAUAUGGCAUUGAUUAAGUUGCCCAAUACUUAGGUAUCCUUAAAAUUAACUGUUAUUUUCUAAAGUUAUCCAUUAAGUUAUGACUGAUUUUGUUUUAAAUGAUUGUAUAUUUAUAGUUGUGUUUAUUAGUCGUGUUGUUAUUGUUGUUUGCGUUUGUUGUCGUUUGUUAGUUUUCAGACAUUAAGUCGUGUUUUAUAUUUGUACCUAACGCUGAACAACUAAGAUUAAUAAGCGACUAAGAUGUUAUUGGUUGUGAAUAAGUAGGU